UCUCCUUUCAAGUGACACGUUGAAACAUUACAUAAAUUCAGUGUCCCUCGGAGUCACAGGCAUUUUGAUCAGGUUCGGUAUCAAGUGUUGACUCCGCAGUGGCAGUUAUGUUGAAUGAAGCCCUGUCAUAUGUUCUCUAUUUAUACGGUUUGUUGUAUCAGGCCAUCGUUCCCUGCUCAGUCCCUGAGCUGCUGCCUGUCGACACCAUCAACCGUCAGCAGUAUCUGGGAAAAUGGUUCUUUCUGGCAGCCGUUAGUCACAGAGAAGCUGACAUCCAGAAGUUCAAAGUCCUGGACAGCAUUUUGUUCACUAUGGAGGAGCCGGCCAAUGACACACUGCUGCUGAGUGGAUAUAUGCGCAUGGGGGAAAACUGCAAAAAUCAGACCUGGACCUAUCAUCUGCAUCCUGAUCGGGAUGAUUUGGAACUGGAGGUACUGCUGCUGGUUGAUCCAGGAAGGCCACAGCGGAGGAAUCUGUUCUGGAGCGGGAAAUGGGUCGACUGUGCCGACUGCAUCAUUUUCCAGGAGUUUGAGCCGCCGCUAAGAGAAACAGACUCAGAGGACUCACUGGGCAGAUUCAUGCUUUAUGCUCGGCAGAGUGAUGUGAAGCCUGAGGUGGUGACAUCAUUUCUGAAAAAUUCAGCUUGUCACAACAUGCUGGCGAGUGUCAGACUGCCUCAAACUAAAGAGUUCUGCACCUAAACGUCAACACGGAGGAUGUUGCUGUGGCCUUGGACACCCAGGAUAUUAAUACGUUUAUUUCUUGUUGAAUAAAUGUAAUAGAUGAAGCAAAAAUACAGACAUUCUUCCCCUCUG